AUGAAGGUCUCGGCCAUCGUUCUCGGCGCCAUCGCCACCACAGCGUCUGCAGCGGCUCUGCCCUUCGGAGACGGUGAAUGGAAGUUCCCGAACAUCCGCAUCGGAUACGCCGGCGCGCACCACGACUAUGGCAACCUCGAUAAGCGCGGCAUGAUGCCGUGCCACCAGGCUCACGGUGCUGUCCAGCGCUCGAACCAGCCCAGCGGUCUCGGACGGCUGCUCGCUCACCUCGGCUUCGACUCGUACACGGUCUCGCGCUACGAGCACCACCACAAGCACGAUGACGGUCACAAGGGCCACCACAAGGACCACAAGCACGAGGGCCACCACCACGGCGACGUCGCGUUCCAGAGCGAGGGCUCGUUCGCUCCUCCGCCGCAGGACGCGGAGAUGCGCAUCCUCCCCAUCUUUGGUCAGAAGGCCGACGAGGCGUACGCCGAGAAGCAUGUCGCGGCCCAGCCGGCUCAGCGCCCGCACUACCACGGCCAUGGCCACGGCCACGGUCACGGGUACCACCACCCGCACGCCGCGGCGCACCGCGCCCUCAGCGCCGUGCUGUACAAGCUCGACCACGCCGGCGAGGCCGUGACGGCCUUCAUCCGCUCGCUGCGCUUCGACGCCGCCUACCUCAUCAUCGGGUACAUUGUCGGCGGCGCGCUCGGCUUUGUCGCGGCCCGCAAGAUCCGCCAGGCGCGCGCCCGCCGCAACGCAAUCCGUCUCGACGAGGAGACCGCCGCGGCUGAGCAGGCCGUCGUCGUUGACGAGAAGGCGCAGGCGUGA